AUGGGUGUCCCUUUCGAAGCCCUCCUCCCCUAUGCCAUCAUGGUGGGGAUGUUUGGUAUUACGGGUGCGGGUUUGGCUUCGAUCAAAUACUAUAAAAACGACUACAAGCGGCCGAGAUAUCUGAUAGACAGAUGGGACAGACAGAUGAUGGAGAGAGAUCAACGGUUAACGGGCAAGUUCAGAGGACAGUCGGAUGCCGUGGAGGCACCUCUUGGAUUCGAAGUCAACAGCAGAUGGAAGGUUUCCGAUGCGUUGCUCAAGCUCCAAAAGCCCGCAGCGGGCGAAGUUGCGAGAGCCGGAUUCCUGGCCGACAUCGGUAAGCAAAGGACGACAUUACAGCACACCAGCACCACCAGCAGCAAGGUGAUUGCACCCGCGUGCACUUUGAAGCUGGUGUCGAAGAACUCCCCUCCUCCUCCUCCAGGAUCAGCACCACCUGCCGCCGACAACACCAUCCCCAAGGGUAGCCAUUGGGUCGACCUAACAGAAGCUGGCAGUGUCGUCGUCAUCGACCAGCCAGAAGGCCAAAAGUGUGCGGCCGUAGGCGGCAUCAUGGCUCAACGGAUGAAAGUAAGGGGUGUGGCUGCGUGCGUCGUCGGUGGCCGUGUGCGAGACAUGGCUGAGUUGAAAGAGUCCAAACUACCAAUCUUUGCACUGGGGAAGUCGACAGUGGGGACCAACGCCGAGUCGACGGUAUACGCGCGCAACGUCCCAGUGACCAUAACCGGCGUCACGGUGGCUCCGGGAGACAUCAUCUUUUGCGACCCGCUGGAGGGUGUCGUGGUCAUCCCGCGGGACCUCCUCGACGACACGCUGUCCUUGAUGCCUAAGCUGGUGGCUGCGGACGACAAGGUGAAGGAAGCUGUAGAGAAAGGAAUGACAGUGGCCGAAGCGUUCAAGAAGUUCAGAGGAUAG